AUGUCAGCUUCGGCCGUGUCGCAGACCUUGGGUCAGCUGAGGGACAGGGGCCCUAUUAUUCCAGAAAAACGGGUACCAAAGCAACGGCCAUCACCAGGAGAGCAGCAGUGGCCGUCGUUAUUCCAGGCAGCUGUUGUUUCAACUGCGUUCAAGAUCCUGCUCUUCCCGGCCUACAAGUCGACUGACUUCGAGGUCCAUCGCAACUGGUUAGCCAUCACAUAUUCUUUACCAGUCCACAAAUGGUAUUAUGAGGCAACUUCAGAAUGGACGUUGGACUACCCCCCGGCAUUUGCGGCGUUCGAAUGGCUUCUUUCUCAACCAGCAAGCCUCGUCGAUUCGGCUAUGCUCCAGAUCCAGAAUCUCAAUUAUGAUUCAUGGGCAACUAUCUGUUUCCAGAGGAGCACUGUGAUUAUCACCGAACUUCUUCUGGUUUAUGCUUUGCACAAGUAUACUGCAACCUCGUCUGCCUCGGCUCGCAAGCAAAGUCAUGCGGUGGCCUUGUCAAUUCUUCUGUCUCCAGGCUUGUUGAUCAUUGACCAUAUCCAUUUCCAGUACAAUGGAUUUCUCUAUGGUGUACUUAUUCUCUCAAUGGUUCUCGCUAGGAAAGAGUCAACCAUGCUGCUUAGCGGCAUUCUUUUUGCGGUCCUCCUCUGCCUGAAGCACAUCUAUCUCUAUCUGGCGCCUGCUUACUUUGUCUACCUCCUUCGGAUGUAUUGCCUGCAGCCCAAGAAUGUGUUCCGGCCUCAAUUCACCAACAUCCUCAAGCUUGGAUUGAGCAUCGUGGGCAUUUUCGCCGCCGCCUUUGGACCAUUCGCAGCUUGGGGUCAAUUGGAGCAACUCAAGGGCCGAUUAUUUCCAUUUGCAAGAGGACUGUGUCACGCUUACUGGGCACCCAAUGUCUGGGCUGCUUACUCGUUCCUGGAUAGGGUCCUGAUUGUUGCAGCUCCUUUUUUGAGCUUGAAGGUCGACUCCGGCGCAGUCAACAGCGUGACUCGAGGCUUAGUCGGUGACACAUCAUUCGCCGUACUGCCAAAUAUCACAGCUCAGCAUUGUUUUGGUCUGACACUGGCAUUUCAGAUGAUUGGACUUACCAAGCUCUGGCUCAAACCUAGCUGGGACAACUUUGUGGGAGCUGUCACUCUGUGUGGUUAUGCGUCUUUUUUGUUUGGUUGGCAUGUGCAUGAAAAGGCCAUUCUCCUAGUGGUGAUUCCCUUCAGCUUGCUGGCUAUCAAGGAUCGAUCAUAUUUGGCUAGCUUCCGACCUUUGGCUGUGGCUGGACAUGUUUCGCUGUUUCCACUUCUGUUUACCGUGGCGGAGUUUCCGAUCAAGGUGACUUAUACCAUCUCCUGGUUGAUCAUCUUUUUGUACACGUUCGAUCAGUUGGCACCAGCCCCGGCAAGACGAAGGGUCUUCUUGUUGGAUCGAUUCGCCCUGCUCUAUAUUGCAAUAGCGGUCCCGCUGAUGGUCUACAGCUCAGUGGUCCAUGGUAUGGUGUUUGGAGAGAAGUAUGAAUUCUUACCAUUAAUGUUUAUUAGCACAUACUCAGCGGUUGGAGUCCUGGGUUCAUGGUUGGGGUUCACGGUGUGCUACCUUGGAACAUAG